ACUGAAACUUUUAACUUUUAAAGCAGUACUAUAUAUGUGUAUAUAUGUAUCUGUUUUGCUGAUGCCUUUAAAUUCAUUUGAACCAUGUUUUUAUUGUUUUAGGUUGAGGGAGUUGGGUUGCCAAUUAAUGAUCCGGUUUCUGUUGUUGAUGUGGAUAAAGAAAUCGGAGUUAAAAGUGAUGCACAAACAGAUGGAGUGCCCAUAACACCAAUCCAUUUAAAUUUUGAUGAAUCUCAGCAAAUCGGCGAUAUGGAGAAUGCUAAUGCUGAAUUUACCGCAUCAGAGGAAAUGGUAGCGGACUUGCUAAUCAACUGCCCUUUAGCAUGUGUUAUUCCUCUCGGUCCUCCUCCAGUACCACGCGAUGAUCAAACCGAUUUGUCAAGUUUAAGGACUCCUCGUAAUGUGGACAAUAACCGGUAACCAUGUCUCAGUGGAUGAUUCCUGAUUCUCAGAUACCAAUCCAACUUGGAGUACAACCAACAACCGGACAAAGUUCAACUAAUGAAACUGAACAACAAGUUGGAGUACAACCGAUAGUUGGCCACAGUUCAAGUGAUGAAACUGGACAACAAGUUCCCGUACAACCAAAUGCGGGCCAAAGCUCAAGUGGUGAGACUGCACAGUUUUCAAACUCUGAAAAACAGAUCAUUGUCCAUCCAGGUGCUGCCCGAGAAAGGAAACCAAGCAAAUAUAACCUGUCCCCUUAUUGUCCCAAUUUUAGCUCAGCGGGUUCUUCUGCCAAAAAUAUCAGUCCUUGCAUUUAUCAGAAAAAACACCCAUUUGUUGACCACCCUAUAAAUGCCCCGUUAGAUACUUCGUUUCUUCAAGAAUAUCAAAAGUGGCUUGAGAAGGAUCUAUUGAAAUCGCAUGACAAAAGGAAGCCAAAUGAAAAUCAUUACGUAAAGAACAAGGAAGGACUCGAUCUUGCGGAUGCCGAACUUCGGUUUCAUUUAGGCGUUACAACCGUAGCCGACAAAAACUGGUUCUACUUGUUAUCUAUGGAUGGGCAACUUUGGACUGAUGAGGUCCAUCUACGUAUACAACUCAUACCGAGCUGCAGGGCAUGAUGCUGUCGUUAGAGUCGGAGUGAAAAUGUUGGCUACUCUAGUGACACACAGUCUACAAAUGACUGAUUUCUAUGAGAAGAAGGCGGAUAUAGAUUUUGCCACACAUCCUUCUUACGAAAUAGAGAACAAACCGACAACUUUGACAUUGUGAAUGUAGACAAUCUCCCGCAACAAGCUCCAUCUAGCAUGUAAGAAUCUCUUCC